AUGCCGAAUUUUUUGGAUAUCGAACAGUCUGGAACAACAGAUAAAAGUCAUUAUGGAUCCACACUAUCAUUAUUAGCGAUUAUUAAGCCAAGUCGACAAUUAUUUAAAAGUAGAAUUACUGAAGAUACUGUGCCACAAUUGUUUUGUCAAUUGGAUGUACUUCGAAAGACAGACGAAGAAUAUUCAUAUUGGAAAGAAAAAGCCAGAUGGGUGAGAUUUGAAGAAAUCGCCGAAAAUGUGUUAGGAAGAUGGUCAAAACCACAUGUUGCCACAUUGAUGCAGACAGCUCUUCUAGACUUGAAAAAAUAUCUCACAUCAGACACUAGUGUUGUUAUAUUGAAUUUAACGGUAUCAGAUUUUUCAAAUUUAGCACAGGCAAUUGCUCAGGCAUUAGUAGAUAAUCAAUAUUUGGACGAUCUAACGAAAGCACAAAAGUUAACAUGGAUAUUGGGUUUACCUCAUUUUCAUCAUCAUGAAAAACGUUCCGUGACCAAGACAGCAAGUUCAGUUAGUCUGUCCAGAACUGGUCUUCAACCAACUAAUUCAAUUACUAUGACUAAUCUCGUAGGACGAGACGAUGAUUUAUCAGAAUCAAUACUUGCACUGUCAGCGCCUCGUUUACUUAGUAAAAAACCUAGCACAAAUGAUAUCACAUCGGAAAUAGACGAUCAAUCGAUUCAAACCGAUCAUACCAAAGAAUAUAAUGUGAAAUUACAACGAAAAUUAGAUUUGAAAUCAGAAGGCGCAAGUAUUCUAAUUUGUCCUGUGAAUUUUGUCACUGAAGCCACAAUAGUAUUUGUACGUUUGGAGAAUGCCAUUGAAUUACCUGGUUUAUUAGAACUUAAAUUACAUUCACGUUUUGUCGUAUUGUUAAUUGGUCCUGAAGAAAUCGAAAAGCAAAUACUUCAAGUCGGAAGAUCAAUGGCUACUGUGCUUACCGAUGAUAUUUGUCGUGAAUUUGCCUAUUUGUCAAAAGAUCCGGAUGAAAUAGUGCAAAUGUUGGACAGGUUUAUGAAUGAUGCCUACGUAAUUCCUCCAAGCGAAUGGGAUCCAGCAAUUAGAAUUGAACCACCUGACCAAUAUAUGAGCAAAGAACAACGACAAGCACCAGAAGAUAAAGGUGAAGAUAUUGAAGUACUUGAUUUAACACCACAUACAGAUCCCAAUCUAACAGCAUCAAAAAGACCAUUUCAUGGUUUAAUAAUGGAUUUGCGUAACAAAUUACCUUAUUAUGUAUCCGAUUUCACAGAUUGUGCUAGUUUACAAUGUUUAGCGACAACACUAUAUUUAUAUCUCGUUUGUUUAUGUUCUGUGGUGGCAUUUGGAGGAAUGCUAGGCACAGCAACAGAUAACUAUAUGGCUACUAUGGAAUGUAUUCUAGCUGCUUCUAUUUGCGGCGUUAUAUUUGCUCUGUUUUCCGGACAACCAUUAAAUAUCCUAUCAGCAACUGGACCCAUGUUAAUAUUAGAAAGAAUAUUGAAAAAUUUAUGCAGUUUUCUCGUUCGUUACAUAACUCGUUUUACCGAAGAUUGUUUUGCCUCAUUAGUAGCAAUCAUCUUCAUUAUGGAUGCCAUCCGAGAGACAAUGAACAUUAAAAAGGAUUAUCCGGUUAAUUACUGGCCAGAUAUUCUAGUUGAUCAUACGUGUUCAUGUGUAUUCUCGAAUAUAACAACAUUGUCUACGACAAACGAUACUGUUUAUCAUUUAUUUGUCAACACUAAUUCAACAGUGUUGAAUAAAACAACGCAAAUCUUAUGUAAAAAAUUAGGCGGUGUUUUGACGGGUUCCGGUUGUUCAACUCCAUUUUAUCAUUCAGAUAUUUUCUUUUUCUCGUGUUUGUUAUUUAUUUUUACUUUUUUUAUUUGCAUGGUGCUUAAAGAAUUUCGCGAUUCGCAAUUCUUACCAACAAAAAUUCGAACAAGUAUUAGUGAUUUUGCUGUUUUAAUUACCAUUAUAGCCAUGUCAGGAUGGGAUGCCUAUCUGGGAUUAGCAACUCCAAAACUCCUUUUACCAAAUGAAUUCAAACCUACGAGACCACAUGAUCGAGGAUGGUUUGUUCCAUUUUACUCUGGAAAAAAUUCAGUUUGGACAAUACCUGUGGCUAUACUACCGGCAUUAAUAGGAACAAUUCUAAUAUUUAUGGACCAACAAAUAACAGCUGUCAUUAUUAACCGUAAAGAAUUUAAAUUGAAAAAAAAAAGCGGUUAUCAUUUGGAUAUGUUUAUACUAUCACUCACAAUAUUGUUCUCAUCUUUAUUGGGUCUACCAUGGUUCGUCGCCGCAACUGUUCUUGCUCUUUCGCACGUCAAUGCAUUGAAAUUAAUGUCGGAAAAUACAGCACCAGGAGAAAAACCAAAAUUUGAAGGCAUACUUGAACAACGAGUCAGUAGUUUAUUGAUGGCAAUAUUAACUGGUCUCAGUGUCUUUUUUACGAAAAUUUUGAGAUUUAUUCCAAUGCCAGUACUGUACGGCGUUUUCAUGUUUAUGGGUGUUUCGGCUUUACGAGGCAUGCAGAUUUUUGAUCGUGUAUUAUUGAUAUUUAUGCCAUCAAAAUAUCAACCGGAUCAUCCCUAUUUACGCCAUGUAACGAUUAUGCGUGUCCAUCUUUUUACAGGAAUUCAAAUUCUAGCUUUAGCUGGAAUGUUCGUUGUUAAAAGUGUUAAAUUAAUUGCAAUUGGAUUUCCAUUAUUGGUACUUGCAACAUGUUUUAUCCGUAAAUUAAUGGACAAAAUAUUUACACAAGAAGAACUCUAUUGGUUAGACGAUAUUUUACCCGGAAAAGACUUAGGAGUUGUUCGACGAAUGUCAGCUACACGAAAUGUUCAUAUAUCAAAAGAUGACGUCGAAUAUGACCAAAAAGAAGGAAUUACACCUCCACCUGAUAUGUAUUCAUCGGAAGAGAUCCUUGACUAUCCGAGUGCAUCAUUCAGAAAUUUGCAUAGUAUUCAAGAGGUGACAUAUUUUCAAAAAGAUAAAAUUAGCUUAAAUAAAAAUAUACGCUAG